AUGGAUAUUGCCAUAAGUUCUAGCCUGACUAUGUUCAAACCGAUGGAAUUUUCCUCUCGUCGCAGCCUCCAAACACGUAGCAAGACCAAAACAAUCUCAUGCAGUGUAACCAGAUCGAAUACAGUAAGCGAGACGAAUUUCUACAAACUUCUGUCGCUCGACUCGGAGAAAGCAGGGUUUGAUGAGAUAAAGAAAGCUUAUAGGAACAAGGCACUUCGAUGCCACCCAGAUGUUUGCCCUCCUUCUAGGAAGGAAGAAUUCACGUGGAUGUUCGUUGAGCUUCGUAAGGCUUAUGAGACGUUGUCUGAUCCGAUCUCGCGUAGGAAGUAUGAUUGUGAAUUGGGUUUGUGCAAGGCAGCAGAUACUUACAUGGGUGCGACGAGAUCGGAGUUCUCGAGAGCGACAUGGGAAGAUCAGCUGGCUCAGCUGAGGAUGAGGUCUGACCGUCGGAUGAAACAAAAGAAGGGAUCAUCGAGUAGUAGGAUGAGAUCCCAACAGAUGUAA